AUGUACUGGUCUGCAGGGGAACCAAUGACCAAGGAGGUGGCUUCGAAGACCUGUUUGAAGCAAGCUGAUGAUGAGUUGAGACAGCAGUUGCUUGAGCGGCUGGUGGACACACACCUGAUGAGUCCUUUCCUGCAGUUGUCCUUCAACCAUGACCCGCAACGACUUCCAUUGCGGGAGUUGUCUCAUGGAUCUUGGAGUGAACUCUUCUUGGUCUACAAGAGUUACUGCCGGGUCAAGAAUGAAGACUUCAACCAGGAGGCCAAGAUUUCGGAUCAACUUCUGGCCCACUUCACCCAGACCUGGAAGGACCGGCAGGUAUACUACAUGGCACGCGAACGUGCCAAAGUGCAGCGUGACAUCAUGACGAUCAUAGUGGAUUCCUAUGACCAUUGCAAAAUGAGUUUGCCAAAAUACCCCAUGUCCCGAACGCCAAAGCGUACAAUUUUCGAAGCUACACGACGUACAUACUUGACGCUUACUGGAUGCAUAGUUCACGGGACCGGCAUCUAUAUGUAUCUUUCCGAUGAAGGAAUGGCUGGAGGAUCGAAUUGGACGAUAGAAUGUGUGAUGAAAUCCAUCGACAAAGCCUGGGCAAAGAUGAGGUGCUUGCAGAAGAAGCUGGCACCCUUGUUCAGCAAGAGCGGCCUGGAUUUCCAGAUCGAGCACGUUGAUGCUGUGAGAAAUUGGUGCAAACUUAUGCCAUCCUCAUCUACAUUGAAGAACGCAUAUCGUUCCCGAAAGACGGAUGAGGAGAACAACAUGAAAGUUCCACAGUCAUUUUCUUUCAUGUGCAGGGAAGACAUGCCUGGUCAAGGGCACAACCUGGAAGUGGAUGACAAUGUGCCCCGACGCUUGCGGUCGGAAGGGGCAAUGAAAGAUGUUUUUGCAAUGGUAAAAGGGUAUAUGUCUGAUCAGUCUCUGAUUCAGCCUCCUUUACUUUGUUACCCCGCAAGCUUUGCAGCCAGUACAGAAAACUACUUCAACCAGAUCAACAGCACCAGGGAGGUGGUGCAUCAGGAACUUGAAGCUGAGCGCAUUGCUGAGCUUGAAUCUUUGGCUGCAGCCAUAUCCAAAGACUUCUCACACAUGGACCGGGCUGUUCGAUACUAUCGUACUGUGAUUGACAUGGCAAGACCUCGAAAACCUUUUUCCAGACUUUCCUUUUUGGAUGCUGGGCCAUUUCAAAGGAAUGGCCUGGGGAAUGUUCAAUUACCUCAGCGACCUGCUGAGCCAAUGAACCAUUGGCUUCAGGUGACAGCGAAGAAGAACUUGGGGAAACAUGUAGACGACGUUCUUGGAGACGAAUCUUUGCGUUUCCAGGUGUUGAAGCGCUUGGUUUUGGAUCGUGGGGCGCACCUGGAUCCAAAGCCCACCUUGUCUUUGGUGCCACAAGCUUCCUUGUCAGAAUUCUGGCUACCGCUGACCGCCUUUCAUUUGGGGGAGAGCGCCAAGAAUGGAUGUGUGGGUUUUGUGACCAGUGAGAAGCAGAGCCCUUCAGCCUUGGACCUCCUGGGGGCAAUUUCACAAGCUGUGGCAGUGGAGCGCCGGCAGGCUCAGCUCAAACCAGGUGCUUCCAAGGCCCUCAAGGAUUUGAUCAACAAGUGCGUCACAGAAUUCAACAAGCUUACCACUGUGAAGAAACACCGGAUUGACACCACCCGCAAGUCUUUGAUCUACAAUUUGAUGAGGGCUCCUCCAACGCUGGGUGCUAUCCUUCAUGAGCACUAUGACUUGUUCAAGCAUGAAGUGUCAGGUAUGCCCCUGGAUCUACUCCAACAAGACUACUGGGUUCCCGGUGUCACCGCGCGGCAAGAUUCACCCAAGUUUCAUGGCAAAGAAAUGUGGAGCCUCGACAGCGAUCUGGGUGGAAUCGUCAAAGCUGCGGAGCCUUUCGAAUGGGGCAGGAUACCCUUCAUCUUGGAGGUGCGCGGCUCCACGAUGGAGGAUUUCGUUGUCCAGGCCCAGGAUAGGCAGAAGAACGCCUACACCAGAUCAAUGACAGCAGCGUUCCAGAACUGGGUUCAGCAGCUCCAGGCUGACCAGGUCUCAUUUGAGUCUCAGCGAAUCAUGUGCCUUUUCUGA